CGCGGGCCGCGGCCGGAUGGUCCGAGCGCGGGGCGGCGGCGGCGGCAGGAGGAGCCGCGGGCAGUGAGCGGCGGGCAGCGCAGCGCAGCGCAGCGCGUCCCCAGCAGGCUCCGGAGCAGGCUGCGGAGCUGCGCCCGCCGUUCGCGUUCAUGCAACGCCUGGUGGCCUGGGACGCGGCAUGCCUCCCGCUCCAGCCACCCGCCUUUAAGCCCAUGGACGUGGCCAACCUGUACUACGAGGCGGACUGCCUGGCGGCGCUCAGCAAGCUGCACCCGCGCGGCCGCCCCAUGAGCGAGCUGGGCGCGGGCGUGGGCGAGCACGAGCGGGCCAUCGACUUCAGCCCCUACCUGGAGCCGCCGCCCGGCCCCGCGCCCGCACCCGCGCCCGCUCCGUCCGCGGGGGGCGGCUUCGAGCCCGGCGGCGGCGGCGGCGGCGGCGCCGACUUCCUCUCCGACCUCUUCGCCGAGGACUACAAGGGCGGCGCCAAGAAGGGCGACUACGCCUACCUCGGCCUGCCGCGCCACGGCCACGGCCCCGGCCGCUUCGAGCCCGCCAAGGCGGAGCCGCCCGUCUUCGAGACGCUGGACUCGUGCAAGGGCGGCCGCAAGGAGGACGGCGGGGCCAUGGCGGCGGCCUACGGCAGCGCGGCGCGCUCCUACCUGGGCUACCAGUCCGUGCCCAGCGGCAGCAGCGGCAACCUCUCCACGUCCUCGUCGUCCAGCCCGCCCGGCACGCCCACCCCGGCCGAGGCGGCCAAGCCGGCGGGCGCCGCGGGCUACGGCGGCGCCAAGGCCAAGGGCAAGAAGAGCGUGGACAAGCACAGCGAGGAGUACAAGCUGCGGCGGGAGCGCAACAACAUCGCGGUGCGCAAGAGCCGCGACAAGGCCAAGCAGCGCAACCUGGAGACGCAGCACAAGGUCUUGGAACUGACGGCCGAGAACGAGCGGCUGCAGAAGAAGGUGGAGCAGCUCUCCCGCGAGCUCAGCACCCUCAGGAACUUGUUCAAGCAGCUGCCCGAGCCCCUGCUGGCCACGGCGGGACACUGCUAGCCGGCCCGGGCCCCGCGGCCACGGCGCGGGGCGGGGGCGCCCGCGGGGAGGGGGCGCGCAAGUGUGUGUGUGUAUGUGUAUGGGGUGGCCUGUAUCUAUUUGUGUGUGUGUGUGCGCGUGCACAUGGGGGUGUCCUGUAUCCGUCUGCCUGUGUGCGCAUGGGGCAUGGCAUGGAUCUGUGUGUGUGUGUGUGCACAUGGGGGUGUCCUGUAUCCGUCUGCCUGUGUGCGCAUGGGGCAUGGCAUGGAUCUGUGUGUGUGUGUGUGUGUGUGCACAUGGGGGUGUCCUGUAUCCGUCUGACUGUGUGCGCAUGGGGCAUGGCACGGAUCUGUGUGUGUGUGUGCACAUGGGGGUGUCCUGUAUCCAUCUGACUGUGUGCGCAUGGGGCAUGGCACGGAUCUGUGUGUGUGUGUGCACAUGGGGGUGUCCUGUAUCCGUCUGACUGUGUGUGCAUGGGGCAUGGCACGGAUCUGUGUGUGUGUGUGCACAUGGGGGUGUCCUGUAUCCGUCUGACUGUGUGUGCAUGGGGCAUGGCACGGAUCUGUGUGUGUGUGUGCACAUGGGGGUGUCCUGUAUCCGUCUGACUGUGUGUGUGCAUGGGGCAUAGCAUGUUUCUAUUUGAAUGUGUGUGUGUGCGCAUGGGGAUGUCAUGGAUCUCUGUGUGUGUGAGGGGUGUCUGGGGGGUGUAUGGAGUCUGUGUCUACUGUAUAGGGGUGUGGAGUGCGUGUGUGUGUAGGUAUGGGGGUGUGUUUAUAUAUGGGGGGAUGUCUGUGUGAGGGAUGUGUGUGUGGAGUAUAUAUGUCUGUAUGGGAUGUGUGUGUGUGUAUGAGGGGUCGGGUGGCUGCUUGUUCCUUGCCCCCCCCCCCCCCGAGACUGGACUGGGGCCAGGGGAGACCCGGGGAGAGCCUUGAGCUGUCUUUGCUGGUGUCUGUAUGUACCUGCUGGCGGGAGAACCCCCCCACCCCAGCCUCUGCCUUCCUUGGGAAAGGGGGAGCUCCUGGGCUCCUCCAUCCCUGCUGGAGGAACCGUGUUUCCUGGGGGCCAUUGCUUUGUUUCAACAGCAGCCAAAGUCCCCCUUCCUGCCCCCCCCCCCCGCCUUUCCCCCCCUUCCUGAUGCACGAUCUCUGCAGGCUGGUGAAUGCUAGAGUUAUUUAAAACGGAGCGAGAGGGAGAGAGAGCAGAGAGUGAUGCAAUCCUUGAAACAUGGCUGGGAAUGCUGUGGACAUGAUGCAAUCUCAUGUAACUGUCAGUCAUGAAUUGAGUAAUCUGUUUAAAGAUGUUUCUACUUUUUUUUGUUUUUUUAUUAUAAAGAGUAAUCUAUUUCUAUAAGAAAGCGUGUGUAUAUUUUGGGAUCUAUGCCUUCUUGCUGCGGUCGAAGCAUUAAUGAACAAUUUUAAUAAAUUUUCUGGCUAGGAACAA